AUAUAUUUUCUGUUCUCUUAUGAAGCUUUUAUUGUAUAUAUGUUUGGUUCGUUAAUAUGUUAUUUUAUGCUUGUUUGUUUGUUGAGAAAAAAUGAGAAACUUUUUACAAUACAAAGAGGAAAGUGAAUAGCUUAAAUUAGCUGAUUUGAGAUGAGCUUUGAUAUUGGUUUAGGUCAGUGUUAUACAUGCAACCAUAACAUAUAUCACUGACAUACAAAAGAAUAACGUUGUUAAAUUGAACGGAAUCGAACUAUUAGUCUCCUUUGCUGAAAGUGACUGCAUUGUGAUUGGUAGUAGUGUUUGAUGUAUUCACAUUCGGUUUAAAUUGAUGGUUUAUGGAAUUCUUAUAAUAUAUUAAGUUGGGCUGAUACAUGGAUAUAUUUCUGUUACAAAGUUUUCAUCCAUGAAAAGCGAUUUUAGCUGUGAACUGGAGUUUAGCUGGUGGAGCUGGUAUUGAUCAAGAAUGACACAAGUUGAAUUUUUUGUAAUAGUUGAUUUUGGUUGAUAGCCCGGAGCUUUUUAAUUGUCUGGGAAUUUCAUAGAAUUAGCACUAACAACUUGUUGCACAUAGAAAAACUGAUUAUACAUUAUGUGCUGAUGAUCUAUGUGUAACAGUAGGAUAUCCUAUUCUUAUCUCUUUCUUCAUUUCACGAUAUCUUGGUCAAGUUGGUAAGGUUUUUGGCAAAUCAUGUUUGGAAGGUCUAGUUACCACUUUAAAUCAGGGACUUUAUGUAGUGUAGGUCUGCAUGGAAUGACCACUAAACCUAGCUGAGGUUCAUCUGGAAUUGAUGUUAUGGCUUCUUUAGGGAGAACUAUGUUUAGAGAUAUUUCAAGAGCUUUGGAAAGAAUUUGAAGUUUUCAAUAGUGGACAAGGGCACACUGAGGUUGUGGGAUUGCUCAAAGCUUGUAGAAUGCAGGCGGAGUGUGAAUGGAAAGACACAUCUAAUGAGGUAUAAAACAUGGCUUUGGUGGAGCCGGUUUGCAAUGGUAAUUACUUUGCUGCAAAUUAUGGGUGCAAUUUACCUUGUGUUCAAUGUGGCUAAAUAUAUUUCUCAUGAUGGAACAUCACAUCAAUGUUUCUUAGGGAUGGCUUCAAAUGGUAACCAGUGGAAGCAUAAACUUUUGAUUUUAUAUGUUAUCAUGGUUUGUUCAGUUCCAUUGGUGCAAUGUUUUGUGGGAUCUGAUGUCCUUAAAUGGAGGUCAUUUUAUGCAACCCAAGAUGAUGUGUGGAAAGCUCACUAUCACGAGGUGUUUGAUCAUGGCAUUCGCGAGGCCUUAUGUUGUUUGGGACGUGCCGAAUACUUGAGAGUUUCUGAGGAAGAUGAAGUAUACUCACUAGCACGAUUAUUAGGUGAUCUUGUUGCUUAUCGUGCAUCAGGGACUGGACAUUUGGAACUUCUAGCAGGUCUAGCUCUGUUGCAGAGGCAUAGUGGGUCCCAUAAAUCUUAUGAAGGAUUGGUGGAGGCACCUAAGAAAUUGAUUCAGGAGGCCUUUACUUUUCAUGAGUUUGCUGAAGCUGCAUAUACAGGCCCAUUACUUGACUUUGGGAGACACAAUGUCUUUUUUCCUUGUGCAUGGGUUUACAGGCAAGGGAUUUUGACUCCUUGGACUCGAAACAGGCGGCCUGUACUUAAAGGAGAUAACUGGUGGAGGGGUCAUGCUGCAGCCUUCUUAAAAUAUGUUAAUUUGCCACCAGAAGCACUUCGACGAGGUCGUGUUUGUCAGGGAAAGUGUAAGGCUGCAUACUUUAUUGUGGUUCUAAAUCAUGUAAGAUCUGUUGUGAUUGCGGUACGAGGAACUGAGACUGCUGAAGACCUUAUAACUGAUGGCUUAGGCAGGGAGUGCCUACUUACUACAGAAGACUUGGAUGGGUUGAUAAAUAGCAGCCAUAUUCCUCUUACUGUGAAGCAAACUGUGGAAUUAUCUUUUCCACACUAUGGGCACUCAGGUAUAGUUGAAGCUGCACGAGAUCUUUAUAUGCAAAUUGAAGGAAAUCCAGGAGAUAAAGAAGGUGAAGCAGAUGGCUUUCUUUCCUCACUGCUGGGAGCUGGAUGUGAGUGUGAUGGUUAUAGGGUGUGCAUAAUCGGGCAUUCCCUAGGAGGUGCUAUUGCUACGUUGCUAGGACUGAGACUAUAUCAUCAGCACCCAAACUUACGUGUUUAUGCAUUUGGGCCUCUCCCGUGUGUGGAUUCAGUCAUAGCAGAAGCAUGUUCAGGAUUUGUGACAAGCAUUGUACACAACAAUGAAUUUUCUGCACGCCUUUCAGUUGGAUCAAUUCUACGACUUCGGGCAGCUGCAAUUAUGGCACUCUCAGAAGAUUCCAACACUGAUACAGCCUUGAUUUUCAGGCUUGCUCGCCGGUUUCUCUAUAUCGGUGACUGUCAAACAGGAAGGAUAGAAGUAAAAGAUUCAGCAGAAUUACAUUCCCCAGAUACCAGUGGGGAAGAUCAUAAUUCUGAAGUCUGUAGAGAGAGCAAUAAACUGGAUAUUAGCAUUCCUCUCUGGAAGGAGCCAGAUUCAAGUAGUGUUGGUGAUAUUGAUGAUGAUAUUUUUGAAAAUCCUUUCCAUAAUGAGCCUGCUGUUGCAAAUCCAUCGGGUAAUCCUGUGUCUCAAUUUUUUGAAACUGUUCCCCAAAGUAAAAGUUGGUCAGCUGGAGAUCCUCCUGAGAUGUUUCUACCAGGUCUUGUGAUUCACAUGGUACCGAGAGAAAGAAACUCCAGUGUCCCUUUGUGGAAAAGCUGGAGAAUCCAAGAGAAUGUACAGAGUUAUAAUGCUUAUUUAGCUAACAGAGAAGACUUCAAAGAUAUUGUUGUGUCACCAAAUAUGUUCCUUGAUCAUCUCCCUUGGAGAUGUCACUAUGCAAUGCAAAAGGUAUUGGAAGCUCAAAAUGACCAAGGUCUACUAGGUGAAGCUCAAAUCGUGUGAGUAGUGGAUUCUAAGCUGCAGUUCUCUUUUAUAGUUCUCCGUACUGCAUUCAUUUGCUGUAUGCCAUUCUGAAAUGGAGCUGAAUGUCUGUAAUAUCGUUGGACGAGCUAAAGAAAAGAAACUAAGAUCGGUAGGUGAUGCUUAUGAGCCCAUGUGACCAAACUGUAGGAAUUCGCAAGAGCAUUCCUACAGAUAAAAAGUGUACAGCAGAUUUUGCCUAAUGCUCAAGCAAAGCAGCAAUUGAAGCCAUUCUAUUGGAAAACUGGUUACCAUAAUGGCUCCCUGUUGUACUCUUCACCCUGCUUUUCUGAUGUAACAUGCAAUAGAAAUUUUAUCAUCAUACUCCUGAUAAGGAAUCCAUGACUGAUAUGCCUUAAAAAUGUUAUCCUUGUGUUUCUCCUGCCCUUAGCCCUCGAAAUAGCCUUCUUAACAAUGUCACUGGCUCAAAAAAUUCAGGUCGGUAAGAAUGUUUCUCUGAUGGCAAUUCUUAGGACAUGUCACCUCAAUGUUUCUUGCAUGCAAACAAUAGCAUUUUUCGCAUACUUGGAGGCCUUUAACUGAUCACAAAUAGAGACCUCCGAUACUUUGAUGUGAUUAAUAGUUUUUGUCUCAAUGCAAGCAAAACCAUUUUGAAGGGAAAA